CAGAAUGGCUGCAGUCACAGAGCUCUCCUUCCUGCUGUUUGCUCUCAUCAACAACAUCCAUGCACAAGAACAGGUCAUCGUCAAACAGGAAGGAGACUCUUACACCUUCAACCUCCCCGAGAACACCAACUCCUGCCUGAUCUCCAGAUCUGUUGGUGAGGAGAAGCUUGUCCUGUGGAACACCUCUGACCUCUGGUCCAACAACCCCUCAGUACCUGAAUACCUGAAACAACGACUUGUCAGGACAGCGGAUACUUCUUCUUACACCAUCCUCAACCUGACCCAUUCAGACUACGGCCGGUACCGAGAGGAGUGUUGGACUGAGGGCAACGUGACGCAUGAAAACAACUUUACUAUUACUGUUUGUACUUCAAUAGACGAGAGAUAUGGGAGAGAUAUCAGAGUGAGACUUGGAGAAACAGUGGACGUGCCAUGUGAGGGAGCAGCUGAUAAUCUGGAUAUCCAGUGGCUCAAACGGGACUAUAGAUAUGAGCAACUUACAUUGAGCAGAGUUUUUGGGGACAAGACGACAUCAGUGAUGGACAAUGUUAGAGGAAGAUACCAAGUGGUGACAGACACAUCAGCUCUUCAUGUUUCCAACGUCACAGCAACAGACUUUACAUGGUACACCUGUCUGGUGAUGAACCAACAGCAGUGUGUUAGCAGUCACACUGUAUGGUUGAGACUACAGUUUGAGAUGAUCUACGGCUCAGUGGGAGAGACUGUUGUGUUGCCGUGCACUAUCGCUGACUCCACUGAUGAACAGCCCCCACGUUGGACCUCCACCGACCUAGGACAACUAAAGCAGACUGUUUCUUCAGUAGACCAAAAAUACUCUCUGGUGUUUUCAUCUCUAAAGUUACAUCACUCAGGUUGGUACUCCUGUAAAGCCUCUUGGAGAUAUCAACAGUAUCGUCUGUUUGUGUGCCCCAAAUUUGCCCCCCCUGCUGUAGAGCUCUACUCAGUGGGAGAAGACAUCACUCUCACAUGCACAGAUAGGGCAGAGGGUAGGGGGCAUGUUUGGUUUAUCAAGUCACACCGAAUAGAUGGAAGAAUCUUUAAUGUAAGCAUGAGCAGGGUGAGCUGGUACAAAAGAUAUGGGAGCCUGGUUAUCUCUAAUAUCUCAGUGGGAGACGCAGGGGAGUACUGGUGUGUAGUUUAUACAUUUGAUGGUGAACAGUGUGUGUCAACAGAGAGGACUGUGUUAGUGUACAUGGAGCCCUUUGGGAUUUACUCCACCUUCUUCAAAGUGCGAUGCUCAGUGCUCAGUGUCCUGCUGCUGAUGCUCUGUGCUGCUGUAGUCGCUGUGAACCUGAGGACACGGAGAAGAGCUCAGCUUCCAGCUCACACACACACUUAAU